AGGUAUACUAGUUUGUUUAAAAAGUGCAUGCUGAAUUGCUGAUGGCGGGACCCAGGGAUAACGAAUGGCAACGAAUCAUAUCCUUAUCCCGAGGAUUACACACUAUCAUCAACUACCUUACUACUUCCACUCCCCCUUCCGACAAAAUUUAGCUAUGGCUUUCUGUUCGCCGUUAUUUUCUCCGGUUAACUUCGCCGUUGUUCCCAAACACACAAAGCCAAACUACCGCCGUAACUUCACCAUCUCCGCCAUUCCACCGCUCUCCACCGCCAUCACUUCUCCAUUAGACGGCACGACUCUCGCCGUACUCGGCGGCAGUUCGGUAGCAGCACUUGCAGCUAUUCUCUCGCUCACCGACCCCGAGAGGCGGCGGCAGCUUCAGGCGGAGGAAGUAGGCGGCGGUGAUAAGGAGGUAGUGAGAGAGUAUUUUAAUAAUAAUGGAUUUGAUAGGUGGAAGAAGAUAUAUGGUGAUACGGAUGAUGUGAAUAAAGUGCAGUUGGAUAUUAGAUUGGGACAUUCGAAAACUGUUGAGAAUGUUAUGAAAAUGUUGACUGAAGAAGGAUCUUUAAAGGGAGUUACUGUGUGUGACGCUGGUUGUGGGACGGGUUGUUUGUCCAUUCCGUUAGCUAAAGAAGGUGCUAUUGUAUCUGCUAGUGAUAUUUCAGCUUCCAUGGUUGCUGAAGCACAAAAACAGGCUCAAGAGGAGUUGUUGAAGGCUAAGGAUGAUCUGGCUCCGACACCAGUAAUGCCAAAAUUUGAAGUGAAGGACUUGGAGAGUUUGGAUGGGAAGUAUGACACUGUGGUCUGCUUAGAUGUUAUGAUACAUUACCCGCAAAGUAAGGCUGAUGGUAUGAUUGCUCAUCUUGCAUCAUUGGCUGAGAAUCGUUUGAUCCUGAGCUUUGCCCCGAAGACAUUCUACUAUGAUUUGUUAAAAAGAAUCGGAGAGUUGUUCCCUGGACCUUCAAAGGCUACACGAGCAUAUCUACAUGCAGAGGCUGAUGUGGAGAAGGCGCUGCAGAAAGCUGGGUGGAAGAUAAGGAAGAGAGGCUUGAUUGCUACUCAAUUUUAUUUUGCUAAGCUUAUUGAGGCUGUCCCUGCUUAGGAUUGAAGGCAAGUGAGAUCUCAUUUGUUUGGCCAUGUCUCUCCGCUGCUGAUUAGGUAUUAGGAAGUCCGUUGAGUGUUUAUCAUGAAUGCGUUAUCUCACUCCUCAGUUUCUAACUUGUAUAAUAGUUCACAAUGUAUCUAAAUUCUGCUUCUGACUUGGAAAAAUUUUGUCGAUAUUAUUAAUAUAUCAUGAAAUGUAAAUUUAGUCAUCAUUUGGUGGCUUUGAUUCA